AUGAAAUAUAUCAUCAUUUUUUCGCUAUUUUGUCUGGCAAAAUUUGCAACUUCAAUUUGUCCUGCUGAAACUAUCGUAAUUGAAAAAUCCUAUCUUCUAACUUCUCAAAAUAUUUCAUCGCAAUGCACUUUGAAAUUUAAAGUCGGCCAAUUUUCACGAACUGAAAUUUUGGCGAGUUGGAAUUUGACGGGAUCAAACAAAAUCACAGUUCGACAAAAUUAUGCGUAUGGAUCAAAAAUUAUUGAGUGAGUUAUGACGUGGCAUUUUUUUGUGUUUGAAAAGUAUGAUAACCAGUUGAUCAGCUUAAGUGAAGGGGUCUCUUCAAUGCAACUCCGGCGUUUUUCACUAAAAAAGUCAAAAUUCCAAAUGUUUUAAAGAAAACCAAUCAAUCUCAAUUCUCUAAUGAAAUACUGUAGAACAGAACUAAUAAAAAGUAUUUUUUACUCAUAUGAAACCCUAUUAAAUAAAACUAAUUUUUUUUUCAGAAUUUCAAACAUCACAAGAACAGGUCAAGUUUGGAGUCUUCCUCCAACAAACUUUGACGUCGAUGUCCAAAUUCAAAAUCCCAGCAAAAACGAGCAAUUUUUCAUUAUUUUCACAUCUCUUGACUGUAAGCACUUUUUUUCGCCUGAAUAUUCGAGUUAUUUGAUUUCAGACACACCGUAUAUCAAUGCUGGAAAUUUCGAAGUUGACAAUAUUUUUGGUACCAUUAUUGAUAGUACAAAUUUCGCUGGAAAUUCGACUUUUUCAAGAAAAUCAACUGAAAAUUUGGACAAAGUUUCGAUUCGAGUUGUGACUUUUAGCGACGUUUUGACAAACUUUGUAAUGGAUAAAGUUCUGAUUUUUGAGGGAGAUGCUUUUCUGGGAACGUGAGUUUUGAAACAAAAUUUUGCCACGUUGCUGUUAGUCAAAUUUUUUGGAUUUACGAAGCCAAUUUUAUUUUCAAUAAAACUGAAAAUUUUCAGCCUCUACGACGUCCUUAAAUCUGAAUCUACCUGCUACGCAACAAAUAUGAAAAUUGUGAAUACAAAUCAUGGACUUACUGGAAUUUACUCGAUCUUGAUCUCCAGUUCUUAUAAUUUCCAACAAUCUGAAAUUAUAGCUUUGGCUCAUCCUUAUGGUGAUAAUUUGGAAUUAUCAGCCACAAAUGGAUUGACAGUUUUUCAUGAUAUUACAAGUCCAGUUGUUGGAGGAAUUAUUCCGAUGCUUGUAAAUGAUUAUGAGUUUGUGAGUUUUUUUUUUAAAUCUCUCCUUGAGAUAUUAUGUGUCUAGGAGCCGUCUAUCGUACCACUAUUUAAAAAUUAGUUUUUUUUUUUAAAUCAGACACUUAUCAUAACUUUUUCACCAAAAAAUUUCACAGCCCAAUUUUUCCAGCGCGGCGAUGGAUUCCUCCAAAUUUUUGCCGGUUGCAUAAACCAAAACAUGGAAAAUCUUCGACUCGCAACAAUCAGCGCCUCAACAUCAAAAAAUUACAAAAACCUUCAAGUUUAUAGCAGAUGUCGAACUUUUGUGUUAUCAGAAGGAAAAGUAACACUUUCAAAACAAGAAUCAUCUCCCACAAACUUCAAAUAUCCUCUGUGGACAAACGGUGUAAUUAUGAAUCCAGAGUAUCCCUUAUCAAAUUCAAGAAAAGAUCCAUACACCAUGAAAUUUUUAAUUCAAGCUCCUGAUUCGAAUACAAAUAUUGGUGUGACUUAUGACAUUGUAUAUAUUGCACCAAAUGUUCAGGUUGAAAUUGAGCAAGAUAUUCAAGCAUCAAAAAAUGCAGUUUAUGAUUAUUCAAGUGCGAAUACUCCAGUUAUUACACAAUAUUCACCAAGUUAUCAACAAAUGAUUACAAUUAAUGUGCCUGCGAAUUCAACGGGAGCUUUUAUUCGUUUUCAAGUUAUUGCAAGUUCAGCAACUCUAUCUGUUUUCUUGAUUUUUGCUUUUUCACUAUUAACUUGGCUGCUUUUAUAA